AUGGCGGCGGGGCCCGGGCGGCGGCGGCGGCGACGCUUCUCCCGGCGGCUCCCACACCAGCAAUAUGGCGUCAAUAACAACGCCGCGGAUUCAAAAACCAACCCCCGCACGGCGCCUGCGUUGCUGGGGCGGUGGCUGCCGCAGAGGCUCAGGGGACUUGUGGUUUCCGGGCCCUGGCCCGAGCGGCUCUGCCAGCGGCUGUGGGUCCGCAGAGCCCCUGUCUGUGUGCGAAAUAAGGGCAAAGUGCGUUUAGUGGCCUCCAUGAUGAGGGCAGAGCGAGAGUCAGAGAGGUCGGAGGCGGUGGAGGUGGCAGCUGAGGACGGGCCAGAAAAGGCCCCGCGAUGCCGAGAGUGUCUCGGCCUGUUUGAAGUGAAGACCCCCAAGAAGGAGAACAUCUUGUUUUACCAGUUCCACUGGCAUCACUCUGGUCUGGAUGCCGAAGAGUCCAUGGAGCUAGAAUUUGGAGCAUGCACAGUUACAUGUGGGAUUGGCUUUCGAGAAGUUCUGUUAACCAGGGGGUGCCCCAUGUCUGAAGCAAAAUGUAUAGUCCGUGUGGAGGAAUGCCGGGGGCCAGCAGACUGUGGAUGGGGGAUACCAAUUCCUGAAGGCUCUGCCUGCGUGAAGAUGUUUUGUAUUUCUGUACCUCCUGAAAAUAGAUUUACAUAUGUUUGGAAGAUAUUAAUUCCAAAUGAGACAGCACACACUCUCCCCCAUGAUUCAGCUGUUAUGGAAGCUUGCAGAGAUACCCAUUCAGCUACUUUCCAGUGUGAAACUCAAGAAAAUGGAACUAUCAUUGCCUCUGUAAAAUACAGAGUCUGUGCAACAACGGGUAAGUUCAAAGAGGUGCUUGCAAUCUUCUAG